AUGCAAACGUCCAUUCUGUUCACAAUUUUCCUGUCUGUAAAGUUUGCAUUUACAGCAGACGAAGAGCCUGCAAAUGGGAAUUUGCGAGUAGGUAAAGGUGAGACCAAGGUCAAGGUCCCACUGGUAAUAAACAUCUCUGAAGACCUGCCGGAACAGAGCGUGGUCUAUCAAAGCAGAUCUUUCCCCAACCACUAUUACUAUGGAAUCAAACCAGAGUAUGAUGCGGAAUACAGGAUUGGUGCAAUUAAGGAUGGUCAAGAAGUCAUUAUAGAAGAUGACGAAAGGAGUGUUGGAAGAACAUUCAUGGUCGAUACUACGGAAAGGGCCAAUAAAGGACUUGGAAUCUUCAAGUAUGUUGAUGUCAGCACAGUGUAUAAAACCGAGUCUGGAGAUCUCGAACAUGAUAUAAGGGAAUUUCUCAAAAUGUCACAGCAUCUACCAUACAGGGAAAUAGAUAGACAUCCUGUAGAAGUUGAUGUAUCGAGACAAGAUGGAACACUGAUAGUAAAAAGACUUGUCAAAGAUGAUGGCGAAAUUCUCUACUUUAUAUCUAGGGACCUGGACAAUGCCGCUGUGAUUGGAAGGGUCAAAUAUGGCAGAUACAUUGUGGAUGAUAGAACAGAUGGUCUCGUCUACAGAUUUGUCGUAUUAACUGAAAACGCGGGAGAUCGUCCCAUUACUAUCACAUCUUACACUAAAGAUGGAAAACGCAUCAAAUCAAAAUAUGUCUUUGUAGAUGAUGAUCAGGGAUUUAAACUAGAAAGCGAAGACAUUGCAGAUGAUAUUGGACAUGUGGAAUAG